CCAUCGAAAGGUCGCGUUUUCUUUAGUUAUUUAUUUGUAAAAAUUUCUCCUCUCCUUUCUCCUCUCUCGAUAAAACCAUUGAAACCCUAGCCCGGAUUCGCCAUCUCGACACCCUAGACCAUGAAGGGCUCGAAGCCGUUGAAGCAGCUCAAGGUCGCCGUGCCGGCCCAAGAAACACCCGUCGACAAGUUCUUGACAGCAAGCGGGACAUUCACGGACGGUGAUCUGCGACUGAAUCAGAGAGGAUUGCGGUUGAUCUCUGAGGAAACUGAGAGUCGUCUGCAGCAACCAGAUGUUAAGGAGGAGGAUAUGCAGGUCUCAUUGGAAGACCUAGAGACCAUCAAAGUUAUUGGGAAGGGGAGUGGAGGUGUUGUUCAGCUUGCACGGCACAAAUGGUUGGGGACUCUCUAUGCCCUAAAGGGCAUUCAGAUGAAUAUUCAAGAGACAGUUCGUAAACAAAUAGUGCAAGAGCUUAAAAUAAAUCAAGCGUCACAAUGCCCGCAUGUUGUUGUUUGCUACCAUUCAUUCUACCAUAAUGGCAUAAUUUUUCUUGUCUUGGAAUACAUGGAUCGGGGAUCUCUGGCUGAUAUAAUUAAACAAGUGAAAACAAUUCUUGAGCCAUAUCUUGCAAUUGUUUGCAAACAGGUUUUGAAGGGUUUAGUAUAUCUGCACCAUGAAAGACAUGUAAUUCACAGGGACAUAAAGCCAUCAAACUUGUUAGUAAAUCACAGAGGUGAGGUAAAGAUAACUGACUUUGGAGUGAGUGCAGUGCUUGCUAACUCCAUGGGUCAACGUGAUACAUUUGUAGGCACCUACAAUUAUAUGUCGCCUGAGCGGAUCAGUGGAAGCUCAUAUGAUUAUAAGAGUGACAUAUGGAGUUUGGGCUUGGUAAUACUUGAGUGUGCUAUAGGCCGCUUUCCUUAUAUACCAUCUGAACAAGAAGAAGGUUGCCUGAGCUUUUAUGAACUUUUGGAGGCUAUUGUGGAUCAGCCACCACCUUCUGCCCCAUCAGAUCAAUUUUCUCCAGAGUUUUGUUCAUUUAUAUCAGCAUGCGUGCAGAAGGAUCCUCGGGAAAGAAUGUCAUCUUUGGAGCUCCUGAGUCAUCCCUUUAUCAAAAAAUUUGAGGAUAAAGACAUCGAUCUGGCAAUUCUUGUUGGUAGCGUAGAUCCUCCUGUAAAUAUAUCUGGUGAUGUGUAAGUAUAUGAUGGUUUCUACAUACACCAUUAAAUAAUGUAAGAUAACAAUCUGAGGUAAAGAUGCUGCAAGUUCACUUUGCCCUCCCGCUUCUCUCUGGUUUGCUGCUGCUGUUGUUCAAGUCAUGUACAUACUCAACUCCUUGAGUUUUACGUAAGCAUACCUUGGAGUGCAUAAAAUGUA